ACCUAACCUAGUUCAAGGUCAGUUAGGCUGCCUGUCGUUAUGGCAAUAUAGGGGCGCCUAAUAUAUUGUAAUCUCCAAGCCAAGUUCCUGUUCAUUCAUCAACUUGUCCCCAAUUAUCUCGAUAAUGGAUGACUGGAAAUACUAUUUUCAGAUAGUGGAUAUACCAGUGGACGAAGAGUCUUCAUUCUCGUGUGAGAGUGUCCAGCCAGCUGAACUCGGUACUAUUCCUACAGAUGAAACUGUGGAGGAUAUCACUAACGAACAAAGCAGGAUUGAAGGCGUAGAAAAGGCACAAGAUGGAUUUAGACGAAUGCAAAAUACAGCACAAACAGAUUUUCUAUUGCCGACUGCCGACGAGUAUAUUAGGAAUUAUCUUUUGGAAAAUAAUUUCAUUGACACAUUAAAUGCUUUUCAGUUUUCGACAAAUGCACAAAGGUUCUACUGAGUUAACGGAGGCUGGGCAAGUCCCCAGCGUUUACGUUGAACUUAGUGAAACAAAGAAAAGUCUCUCUAGGUCGAAGCAGGAAAUUUGUUUGCUAAACGACACCGUCAAAAAGCAAGAAGAAAAUUACAAGAGGCUUCAUAAGGAAAAGGAAUAUUAUGCGCUUAUGCAUCGUCGAUCGAUAGAGGAAAAAUGUGACAUGCUUAAUCAAGUCAAAAAAAUGAAAAAGCAUUAUGAGGAAUAUGAGCCAUUGCUGAAACAACUACAAAAGAAAUACAAUGCGGCUAUGAGGGAAAAAGCACUCAACCUCUUGGAACGGGAUCGUGCCCUGGAAUAUGCCGAAGAUUUGCGUACCGCGCUCGCCUCCUUACAAAAGCUCGGGAUAGUCGAUGAGGAGAGCCGUGCGGUCGUGGGGACAAUCAAUCGAAAUGGAGAACCGUCGGACCAGACCAGAGGUGCAAAGUACGUGGUUGAGACUGCUCAUACCAAACAGAACCGCGAUGUACUCAACCCAGCCGGUAAAAGCAAGGGACAGUCGGAUACAACAAAGAAAACCCAAUCGGGAGCAGGUAUCGCUGAACUACCACCGGACACAGGAGUCAACCCACUUCUGUUGAAACUAGCGGAUUUAACCGGACAGACGGACUCUGGUCAGACGCGGAAGCUCAUUUUGAACGUUCAGACCCAUGAGACGGCCGCAAGUGGGCUCUCUAUUCAUCCAAGCAAACCGCUGCUAUGCUCCGCGGGGGAUGACAAGCAGUGCAAGCUUUGGAGUGCUGCCUCAGUGACACCACUCCUAACAUUUGCAGCGAACGGACUGUGGUUGUCCAGCGCGGAGCUUAAUCCCAAAGAGGACCUGGUGGCCACAGCUGGUGGAGAUGGCACCGUACAGAUCUGGCGACUCGAACUCGACAGUGCGUCGUUGGUCGACGCUGAUGAGGGGUCCAUUUCAAUCGAAGAACGAAGUGCGGACCAGCAAAUACAGAACAAAGCCGAACAUGCUGCGACGUUGAAGCAUCACGUCGGGGCUGUGUGGUCUCUGUGUUGGCACUGGGAAGGACGUUUCCUGGCGAGCGGGGGUCUUGACGGAAUCAUUUGUAUUUGGGAUUGCGAAAAGGCCAAAUCCACCAUCAAUGCCACCUCAACUGGAAGGCACUUUUGCAGAUCGGCCUUUAGAAAGCACCACGGCUCAGUCAACUCUGUCGCAUUCCUGCCUUAUGGGAACAUCAUGGUCAGUGCUUCAGUGGACAAGACCGUUUCUCUUUGGGACGUGAGAAGUGGAAUUUGCAUACGGAGUCUGAUAGGACAUGAGCAUUCAGUUAACCAUGCAACAUUCAAUCAACAGGGCACUUGUAUCGCCUCUUGCGACAGCGGUGGAUCCAUUCGAAUUUGGGACCUUCGUCGGUUUGGGCGUCAUCCCGAUGCGGGAAAAGACAUCACGCUAUCACAUAUGGACUGGUCACAGAACAGGAAAUCCCAUUUUAACCCGUCUAUCAAACAGUUAGCUUUCGACUUGAGCGGCAAGUAUGUGGCCGCAGCAUGUGCUGACACCAACAUUGGCUACUUGGAAGUAAUGGCCAAGCAGAUGUCCUACUUGCAGGGACAUGACGACGCGGUUCAAUCUGUCGUGUUCGACUACAGUACUGAUCGCCUCUAUUCCCUCGGGGAUGACGGACGAAUUUGCGUGUGGAAAUAGGUGCAAACCGUUUUCACGAGUGCCUUUUGUCUAUCAGUUGCAGUUGUGCCGGCUCAAAUGUAUGAACAGAUUCUUGCGAGAAUUUCCAAAUGCAACUUGUGACAAUCAUGAUAUUUGGCUAGCAACAACAAGCACAUUCUUAGUUCCAUUUACCAAUGACUUUGAAACAGAAAAGAAUACAAAAGUACGGUAAUUAACGUUCUUGAUCC